GUCUCUUUUGACCUUUGUGUUCCAAGGAAGAAGCCACGACAACUAUACUCUUAGUUCUACGGAAUACUGCCAAUGAUGGCAACAAAGGCUGAGAUUAUCAUUCCACAGUCCGCAGAAGACAUCUCCCCCUCCUGGGUGCAGUUGGUACUGCAGAAGGAGCUCCCAGGCAUCAUCAUUACGGACGUCGAUGUCAAAGGUCCCAUCAACAAAGGCGAGGGAUACAUGAGCAACAUCAUCGCUUUUGAUGCCGUGGGGACCAGGAACGGUACCAGUCAGCACUACAGUCUUGUGGCUAAAAUGACAGAUUUCAAUUGUCCUUUCACUGAAAUAAAAGAGUGGAAAAAGGAAACUCACAUCAAAAUGGAGACGAGAAAACUCCGGUUUUACUCCGACGUAGUUCCUGAGCUAUUAUCUGUGGCAAUCCCAGGCACAGAGCGCGAAUCUAAGCCAGGAAAUAUAGAUGACCAGAAUGACCCUCCGACUGAUUCCUUAUUCCUCCCAAAAUGCUACUUUGCCGCCACCGAUCCGAGCUCCAUGGUGUCCGUCAGGGUUAUGGAGAACCUGAAAUCUCAGGGCUUCUCCAUCAAACCCAACCGCCAGUCGCUGAGCCGUGCUGAGAUGAUGCUGGCUGCCGGGGCCCUAGCGCAGCUGCACGGCCUGUCACAUCUAGUGGAGCUCCGGUCGGGCAAACCCCUUUCCGAGAAGUACGACUGGAUCAAGACUACUUCCAGAGUUUGGAUCGAUGCACAGAGCUCCCUUUAUCGGGACGGCGUGAAGGAAUUCGCCGCAGCUUUUCCUAAAAAGGCAGACCUUACAGGGUUUCUAGAAAAGUUAGACCCCUAUCGCGAGAUACUAGACUUAGAGGAAGACCCGAGGCUUAAGGUGCUUUGCCAUACGGAUAGUUGGAUAAAUAACAUCAUGAUUAAGUUCGAUGGUGACGUGCCCACCGAAGUAAGGCUGGUGGACUGGCAGACUCCCACAUACAACCCGCCAACCAUUGACCUGACUCUCCUGUUUCUUUGCAACACGAGCUGGGACGUCUUCCACAAUUACAGAGACGACAUCUUGGCCCACUAUCACCACAUACUGCAGGAGACCCUGGGUACAGGAGAAUCCUCGGGCCUAAAGAGCUGGAACAGUUGA